UUUGAACCUGUUUCUUUUCAAAUCAGUGUCAUAGCAGAAUUUUCUCUUGACUUCGAUCGUUGAUCACUUCAGAAGAGUGAUGUUGGAGACCAUUCUACUCAAGAAACUGUUAGACGCUUUUUUAGCUAAUGAAUGACUUAUAGGAUCGAUUGCUCCACCAGCAACAUGCCGAUCGGAACCAGUUUCAUUUGCUAGAAGUGCAUCACUUUUAGAUGGAUUAGUGCGUUUAAUCUAGCUUGUCUAACAUCGUAAUGUUGCUUCAUUUUGUAUCGGGAAUAAUCAUCUUUGGUAUUCGUUUAUCCUGUGCCCUUCUUCCUUACUUCUAUCUUCUUCGACGCGGCCACAAUGAGGACAAGCGAAUCUUCUCAUUGUCGAUAUGCAAUUGCAUCGCUUGUGGUAUAUUUUUAUCGGUGUGUUUUUUCGGGUUGAUCCCUCAUGUUCAUCGGGAAGAAGAUGUCAUCAGAACAAGUUGGAAUGCUUCUACUAAUGGUGAAAUUACUAAACGGGACAUCUUUUUGAGCACAGAAUUGAUGGUUAUGCUGGGUUUUUUGAUGAUGCUGAUCAUUGAACAGGUUGCUUUGAGUUGCUGCAGUGCUCAAUUAAAUGCGAAAACAUCACCUGCUGGUGUCAAUGCUCCACCAUCACUGCGAUCGUUGCUAGAUGGAGAGGCGGAGGACGGUCAACCGCUUGUGGACACGACUCUAGAUGAUCACGAUGAUGGCAUGCAGGACAUCGUGUUUAGAUCGGCAUCUCCUGUCGAGCACUCUUCUCAUAGUCGAUUGCUUCACGUAUCACCUCCACAGGAGGGGAUAUCGGCACGCACGCUGUUCUUAUUAUUCGGUCUAUCUACUCAUUCAUUGUUUGAAGGAGUUGCUUUGGGCGUUCAGCAUGAAAAGCGCGAGUUCAUGAAUUUGGUCUUUGCUAUCAUGAUCCACGAGGUUCUUUGCUGCAUGGCUUACGGUAUAGCGAUGGCUCAACAGUUUACCCCCUUACGCCCCGCAUUCUUCACCGCAGUUAUUUUGGCGAGUAGCAUACCAACCGGGAUGAUGGGAGCUACUUUGCUGAGCCACUUCCACUCGAACUCGCUUUUGCUUCGCUUCAUCUUGGAAGGCAUGGCAGCCGGAGCAUUUGUAUAUGCAGCUUGCGUUCAAAUGCUAAGUGCUGAGCUCAAAUCUUCAUCAUCACAUCGCGUACCGGACUGUCAUGAUAGUCAGGAUAGCCACACUCAGCCGUCAUCACCUCAUCAGGGCCUUAUGAAGGCAGCGGCUGUCACAUUUGGAGUUUUUCUUUUCUGGAGCUUCAAGCUCGCUAGUGGGGGACAUCAUUAGCUUUGGACGUUCAUCAAAAAUGCUUAAAUCUAGGGAUUUGUUAAGUGGGCGGAAUUUCUGUUAUUUAUUGUGUCAAGCAUCAGAUUUGUCAUGGCUGAGAAUACAAUUUCUCUUAUUUGCGUUUGUGCAUAGUGCUUACUAUCGAUCUCUUGCAUUCACAAGUAUCUUUAGCAUUGAAUUGAUACUUUCCCAUGCUAGUCUAA